UCUCGAACACUCUAUAGAGACUCAACUUAAUGAGUAUAUGUCUUUCAAAUUAAUAUAGAUUCACAAAUGCUUUCCCAAUGACAUUCUUUAGAGGGUUCUCAGAGAACCAUUUUGAAAUGCAUGUUAAGUACAAAAUGGAUGGCUGAAUGAUAAACCCUUUGAAAGAGUUCUCCAAGCUGAAUUCAUUGGGUAUUCGAGAUUUUAAAGGAAAGAAAUUUAAUGAAAAAUUAGAAAGACUUAGCAAAAUGCUUACAGAAAUAUCAGGGUUUUCAAUAAACGGAUGUUAUCUCCCACUUGAUAGGAAUUUAAAACUCCAACGAUUAGCUUCUCUACUAUCGAAAGUUACAAAGAAAGUUGGAUUUUUUAACUUUACAAUUAAAUCGAGAUGAUUUCAGAAAAUAUUUAUCAUUCUACGCCAGAUCUGAGAGCUUGAAUUUGGUCAUUGAUAUAUUGACACAAAUAAGUUUGACCUUUCUACAGUUUCUCCAAUAGUCAAAUUUGAAGUGUCUGAAUUAAUUUUAUGGCAAUGAACUGAGAUUCAGAGAUCAAUAGAAAUUUCAGGAAAAUUUGAAAUGAUAUUUAUUGCCAUUUCCAAGUCUACCUUGAUAGAUUCACUAAAACAAGUAAAAAUUUCAUAUAACUCCCAACCAAACAUUACCUCCAAAGCCAUACAAUCCAAGUAUGCUCUUCAGCACAUUAACAUAAGUCUCACACCUAAUUUCCCCUUCAUCCCACUCAAAAAGCCCAAAAAGUCACACUUUUUGGCUUGAUUUCUUCAAUAA